AUGAUCGUGCUGAAGUAUCAUCAAUGUAUUGAUCCAAAGGGCAUCAAUCAUCUCUGGAGAAGCCAUCCUGAUGAUCUCAGAUAUAUAUUCUCCCAUGGAUUAUUGUUUGCCAUCAAUGACACAUACAAAAAACUUAUAAAUUCCUAUCUCAAAGAUGACAAACAAUCAAAAAAUGCAUUCAUAGCAGGAGGUUUGGCUGGGAUGACUCACUUAUUUUUAAACUAUCCUUUCCUAGUAGCAAGAUUAAAACUAAAAGACCCUGAAUAUAAGAGAAUUUCUCUUUUUGAGAACACUUUCGCAACCUAAUUCAUCAGAAUCAUCAAAACAGAGGGAAUCCUUACAUUAUAUAGAGGAUUUCCACUUUCAUUAUUGAGCACUGCAAUUUAUAGAGCAAUAUAUUUUGGAGGCUACAAUCAUUUCCAAAAGUACUUGCAAGUGAUUCCUUUCUUUAACAACAUAAUAACCAAAAUAGCAUUAUCAUUUGUAAUAACUACUAUUGCAGAAAUAGUGUCAUACCCUUUGGAAUAGCUGACUCCUAAGAAAACAAGAACCUAUUAUAAUGAGAUGACUGAAAUCAUUGGCAAGUAUAGAACCAUGAGAGGGUGUUUAGCAAUUGUAUUUUAUGGAGAGCUAUUUUCUAUAUAUGAUAAAGUGAUGGCUUCAUUUAUAUUGGAUAGAGAUGAAUUAAAUUUAUGA